AUGGAUAGACCUGUGACCCAGAUCUUCGCCGCUUCUCUCCCGGUUAAGCGAUCUGCUCCUUCUGCACCCACGCCAAAGGUCGAGCCUAAGGAGUCUCAAAGACCGAUCAACGCUAGGCCGACUAAGAAGGCGAAAGAGGACGUAGGGCAAGAAAUAUCUAGGAAUGUCCUGCGCGACCAUGCACAAGAUCUUCAUCAGAGCAGCGUCCGAAGCGACGGUCUGGCAGCUCAACCGCUCUCUAUUAAGAGAGAGUCUCCUUGGCGAACGUUGAAAGAUCUAUUCACCUGCGAUCUUGCAGGCCCCGUCUCUGUCGCUGUUGAUGACAAAAACCCGUCUAAAGUGAUCGCGGUCCGCGCAUUCUCUAAGAAAAAGGCAGAUACAUGGUUACAGGUACUGGAACAGACUCAACACCCCAACGUCAUCUCUGCAAGGCAAAUUUUCAAGGACCAUGGAAUGACAUACUUUAUUGUUGAUGACCUACCUCUGACUUUAGAACACCUGGUUGCCUGCGAUGUCUUUCCAUCUGAGCUUCAGUUGGCUUCUAUACUUGUACAGACGGCUUUGGAGCACUGCGUUAAACGCCAACCGAAUCAAUCACAGGAAAAGACUCGCCAUGCCCUGGCUAAUAUAACAAUGCUUCUCAUGCAGAAGUAUCUGAAGGCAGAUGGUGUCGUCGGAAUGGACAAUACUCGCUGGCAGGCGGACCCCAUAUUGUUCCUGUCAGCAACUCAGUCCGUCUCGACCGUCCAGGAGUUAAAAAAGCAACCCCUAAUUACCAAACACCGCUGGUCUGCAGGGACGUUGAUUGGGCUUGCCCGUCUCUGCCUCAUCACUACGCGCACUUUUAUAACAAAACCCUGGUCCCAGACAAGUAAAUGA